AUGUCCCAAACAGCGGCCGGGUUGCGCUCUUUUCAGCCUGCCCUCGUCUCCCAAGGGGAAGAAGAAGAAAGAACAUCUAAAAUUAUGAGACGGUAGGGACAAUAUGCUGAUCCUGGUGCCAGUGCAUAUGGUGCGGCACAAAUGCAACAUAUGUCUGAACAAAGGAUAGAACAGAAGUCUGGUCAUUUUCAAGGACAACUAGAGGCAUUCACUCCUGAGAGGGAGCAGCAGUUUCCACCAACAAAAAACGGAGAAUCAAUGGAGGUGGGAAAGGGAUGGGUCAAAAGUUCCCAAUCCAAUGGCAUCUCAAAUGUUCAAUGAAGGUCAAGGGUUUGAUGCUUCAGGAUCGAGAUUUCAGGGUCAGAGGCCAGAUCCAAAACUAGCUUUAGAGAAACAAAACAACUGUGGUCCCAUAGCUCGACCUCAUGAAGAAGAUAUGGAUGUUUGCUAUGAGGGCAAGCCUUUAUCAAACAGUUUUGAAGGUCUUGAGCAGAAAUUCAUCGAUGACAUAACGAAACUAGCAAAGGAACAAAAUGAUGCUGAAAAUGCUAGACAUAGAGAGAAAUUAAAGGCUAUCAAUACUCAAUAUGUGGAACAGCCAGCUGCCCUUAGAGCCCGGAAUGCAAGCCAUAGAGACGAGUUCGUUUGGAAGGAAUUGCAUGCACGGCAACAGCAGUACCAGAAAACCAUGAUAGAUCAUUAUCCGAACUGUGGCAUGGGUCCUGGUGAUCCUCAUGGUUACAGCAGUACUCCAGCUGCAGCUGCCGUAGGCCAAACAUACAGAGCUUCUAACCCAGAUCAUUAUGACUCAUACAAAGAGCAUGCUCGUAUUCUAGGGGGUCCAAGGGAACAUGGGUUUGAACCCAGAGGUUGAGGCCUUGGAGGGCGUGUUUAUAAUACUGGCUCAUGCUACUAUUGAUUGAGAUGUUAGAUUGGCUUGGCUUUUCUACCUGCACUCAGCAUCCCGGUUGAGUUGGAUUCUCUUAAUUUGUAUGAUCUGUUUAGGUGGCAUAGACCUGGUAAAGUUCAAUCUAGUGAUAUUAUGAGAAUUGUGGAGUGCUUUUGAUGGCUGGUUGAAGUGAGCUUUAUUAAAGAAAGUAUGAACUUACAUUAAAAGAAGAUGAAAAAGAACGCUGAACAUGUUUCAGUCUGAUAUUAUCCACCUGGAAAUCUGGCCAGAACACACCACAACAUACACAGACAUCUAAAUUCUAUAAGGAAUCUGGUUUUACUUAUGAGCAUAGCAAGAGAAUCAACUAUUCACACUCACUGCCACGAUCAGUCAAUCAACAGAGAACAAAUGAAAUGAAAGGAAGGUUAACUUGGGCAAUUUGAGGAACCGGAGGCCUCCUUAGCACAAGGCUACCCAACCAUUCUCCAUCUGCUCUCCAAAAUGCCCUAACAACCCAGCUAGACCUCCUAAUAAGCAUGUAAUCUCCUUGCUCUCUCUCUUCACCAGCUGCUACAGUGUGUCUCAAUACCCCGUUUAUCGAAUCAAUAGUCAAUGUUAAUUGUGUUAUUAAUGUAACAUUCCAUGCUAUUAAUCUUUCUUAAGCUUUUAGGAAGAUAUUUUAUGUAACUAUUGUUGGUUCUUUUCAUUUUGAAUGGUACCAUAGGAUAAUUGCGGGAAAUGUAAUAUGAAUUUUAGUACAAUUUCUUCUUUAUUCUACUGCUAGAGUGCUGCUUUGUUCAUCCUGGUGGGCUUUAAUGGAGAAGAAGUUUCACUUGAGUUUAGCCAUCAA